AUGGCCUUAAGCAAGCCUCUAGACAAUGGAACCAAGAAACUUACCUUUCAAUUGGAAAAUUAUGGUUUCAUGCAAUCUAAGUUUGAUUACUGUCUCUUUACAAAAGUUACUGAGAAGGGAUUAUUUUGUUUGUUGGUUUAUGUUGAUGAUGUUCUUCUCACAGGCCCUUGUGAGAAAACUAUAUCAGAAAUAAAGUCUCACUUACACAGCCUAUUCACCAUUAAGGAUAUGGGAAAGGCUAGGUCUUUUCUUGGUUUAGAAAUUUUCAGGUCUGAAGCAGGAACUUUGAUAUCCCAAAGCAAGUACAUCAAAGAUAUCAUUGCAGAUGUGGGGCUAACUCAAGCAAAACCAACAAAUACACCAUUACCUGUGGGUAUUAAGCUAAAUGCAGAUGUAGGAGAACAAUUAGAAGAUCCAGGACCUUACAGAAGGCUGCUUGGGAGGCUACUGUAUUUAGGAUUUUCCAGACCAGAUGUGUGUUAUGGAACUCAACAGCUGAGCCAAUACAUGCAAUUUCCCUGCAGAGAACAUUGGAAUGCAGCAUUACAUUUGGUCAGGUAUUUGAAAGGAAGCAUCAACAAAGGUCUAUUCUUCAACACACAAGAUAACUUUGAGCUAAAGGCUUUUUGUGAUGCUGAUUGGGCAACAUGCGAAGACACCCGUAGAUCCCUAACAGGUUACUAUAUUUUUCUUAGAGAUUUCCUAGUGUCAAGGAAAACCAAGAAGCAAAAUACGGUUUCAAGGUCCUCAGCAGAGGCAGAAUACAGAAGUAUGGGAACAACUGCGUAUGAGCUUACUUGGAUACAUAAUUUGUUGAAGGAUUUUCAGAUUAAUGUACCCACACCAAUUGAGUUUUACUGCGACAACCAAGCUGCUCUAUACAUUACAGCAAAUCCAGUGUUCCACGAAAGAACCAAGCACAUUGAAAUAGACUGCCAUUUGGUGAGGGACAAAUACAAACAGGGGUUCAUUGAUUCAAGACACAUAUCUACAAAAGAUCAACUUGUAGACAUUUUCACAAAGACCCUGCCAGGCCCUAAAUUCAUGUAUCUUGUGUCCAAGUUGAGCCUUGUCAAUUUAUUGACAAGCUCCACUUGA